AUCACGCUGCCUCCUGACCCAUCGGAGGCAGGCAGGGCCCCGCUGAAUCAAAGCUGCUCCUGGGCUAGAUCAGCGGUUCUCCAUCCCGGAUCCUGCUCCCAAUGCAGGAAAGGCAAGACAGAACCCCCCUUCUGCCCUCCGUUCCGUGACAUCAUGGUCCACGCCCACGGCAAAGCCGGAGUUUCGAGAUGUGUGCUCUUGCCAGCUCUCACCCUUCUCCCUUGAAUCACAAGGCACAAUUUCCCGGCCAAGAGACUUUUUCCUUCCAGUGCUGUUUCAACAUCUCUUUUCUCCCUCACGUCCACAGCCAAUAAAAAGAGACACGUCCCUCUGCGCCUGCAGAACGAAGACUCGGGGAGUUCCAGCGAGACCCAGGUCCUUGUCGUGCUUCUUGCUUGGAGAUUUUCACUGAAGGCUCCACAGGAUGCUCAGGCUGGCUGUGUUCCUCUGUGCUCUGUGUGCUGUCUCAUGGGGGUUUCUCUGCCUUCACGUUGUCACCCCAGGCAAAUGGGGCGGCCGACCUGCCAACUGCUCUUCGCCUCUCAAGGCAGUGCAGACUAGAUACGUCAUUAUCCUCCACACGGCCGGCAGCAGCUGCAAAACAGGUGCUGAAUGCAACCAGCAGAUGGUGAAUAUCCAGCAUGACCACAUGAACAAGGGCUGGUGCAACAUUGCCUACAACUUCCUGAUUGGUGAGGAUGGGAAGGUGUACGAAGGCAGAGGCUGGAAUACAGAAGGCGCCCACACUUAUGGUUACAAUGACAUCUCUCUGGGCAUAGCCUUUAUUGGCGACUUUACAGGAAGGUCUCCCAAUGCAGCGGCCUGGAAAGCUUUGAAGCACCUGCUCCACUUCGCUGUUGAGAAUGGCUACUUGUCUUCUGACUACCUCCUCAUGGCUCACGGGGACGUCAGCAAUACCAUUUCUCCUGGGCAGCCCAUCCGCGAGGUCCUCAAGACGUGGCCGCAUUAUAAACACUGAGUGCCACCAGCCUGGUGAAGGAUGCGUGUGUGUGUUGAAAGCCAAGGAUGCUGGCCGAGGAAUCUGGCUCUUUUCAUGUGCUUAGUAUAUAUAGAAAGAUAGUUUGACUCUUAAAUGUUUCGGGUUGGAUUCUCAGCCCCAGUUCUGUCUGCUGAGCAAUGCACGGGGGAAGCUAUGUGGCUGCAUCCAGCCAGCUGAGAGUCCCCCCUGUUGAAAUUCUGACCUGGUGUCAGACAGCAGAGCAAAUUAGAGACCAGAGCCCGCUGCGGUUAAUUAGAGCAGCCCCUAGACUGCUCUAAUUUAUGUCAAGGCUGGGUCUGGGACAGCCUGAGAAUUGAAGGGAGAUAACUUGCUCCUGACUGUCCUUGCCACCUUGCACCAAGCAUACCUUGCUGCAGGGGAGAAAGUGGCCUCACUCCCCUGCAAAGGUUUUACAAUAGAACGAACCUCAGAGUUACAAACACCAGAGUUAUGAAGUCAUCAGUUACCCACACACCUCAGCUGGAACUAGAAGGACGCAAUCACAGUACUGAAUUAAACGUAAACUACUAAAAAAUAAAGGGAAAGUAGCACUUUAAAAGCAACUUCUGCAUGGCAAAGUUUCUAAGCUGUGUUAAGUCAAUGUGCAGUUGCAAAGUUUUGAAAGAGCAGCCAGAAUGUUUUGCUCAGAGUGAUGAACAGGCUCCAUGCCCGAGGUCUUCGUGACUCUGACAUUCUCCCGUAUUUGGUUCUGUACCUAAUCCGUGAAGUCAGCAGCCUCUUGUCCUCAUUGGCCUCCAGAAGUCCAUCCCCGUAAAACCCUGACCACAUCCCUGCUGCCUGCACAAAUGCUUCAGCUCCAAUGAAACUAGGGUGACCAGGUGUCCCGACUGUAUGGGGACAGUCCUGAUAUUUGGAGCUUUGUCUUAUAUAGGCUCCU